UGGACACAUGCCGGGGUUCUCUGUGUCUUGUCUGCUUGCUUUUUAACUCCAUUAGAUGAAUUUUAUAGAUUUUUCUCUCAUGAACAACCGCUGAAAACGGUUUUGGACAUGUCUCUCCUCCCCGUUUCCUUCAUCUGUAUUCUGCUUCAACUAAUCAUACUCACUUAUGCAAGUGGUGGAGCAUACUAUGGACACAAGCCACACCCUCAGCCAUAUCAGCAAAUGCAGCACCUUCAGCACAUCGGCAUGGGCGAAGGAGGAUUCCCUCAGCAACAGUACCUUGGCAAAGAAGUGCCCUAUAUGCGGUAUCCACAAUACAGAAAGGAGCUCCCACAGAUCCCGCUUCUGAAAGGCAAAGAGAAUCCUCGUAAGGGGGUCAGCAACAAUGGUGGCCAUGAUAAAGGUUUAACAAUCCCCAGUGCUGUAGAGGGAAUCCCCCAAGGAGAACCAGGCCCAAUUGGACCACCAGGACCAGAGGGACCUCCAGGACCUCCUGGACCCCCAGGGAAUGGACAGCCAGGCCAAGCAGGUGAACCAGGACCUCAAGGUCCACCUGGGUUACCUGGUUUAGGGAAACCUGGUUUGCCAGGGUUGCCAGGAAAACUUGGAGGAAUUGGUGUACCUGGACCACCAGGCAAAAUUGGUCCAAGGGGUGAAGAAGGGCCAGACGGACAGCCUGGGUCUCAAGGUCCUCCAGGACCCCCAGGACUUCCAGGAAUGGGUAAACCAGGAAUACGGGGAUUACCUGGCCAACCAGGAUUUAAAGGAGAACCAGGUCAUAAGGGUUUACCAGGGCUUCCAGGAUUGCCAGGACCUAAAGGAGACAAAGGAAUGGGACUCCCUGGACAACCUGGACAGAAAGGGCUACCUGGGCUUCCUGGACCUGCUGGUCCAAGAGGGUUGCCUGGUUUUGGGAAACCAGGGUUGAAUGGGUCACCAGGUCCACAAGGACCACCAGGAGUUAAGGGAUAUCCUGGAGAAACAGGGCCCCCAGGGCCAGCUGGGAAGGAAGGAAAGCCUGGCCCACCAGGGCUACCUGGUCAAGGAAAGCCAGGUCCAAAUGGUCUACCAGGACAGUCAGGGAUACCUGGGGAGAAAGGUCAUAUAGGACCACCUGGAUUGCCAGGAAAACCAGGACUGCCGGGAUUUGGUAAACCAGGAGUCUUAGGGCCAAAGGGUGAGAAAGGGGUAGAUGGACUCCCUGGACCUCUGGGAGCUAAAGGAGAUAAAGGUAAUGAUGGGAUACCAGGCAUGCUUGGACCCCCUGGAUCAAAUGGUCCACCAGGCCCCCCGGGAUCUGUGGGACCUCCUGGAAGUAAAGGUGUACCUGGUCCCAAAGGAGAGCGUGGAGAUGAAGGACCUAAAGGAAUUAAUGGGGUUAAGGGUGAACUUGGUCUUCCAGGACCUCCUGGUAGGAAUGGUUUGCCUGGAGACAGUGGAGAGCCAGGACCAAGAGGUUCACAAGGAUUAAGUGGUCCCAAAGGAGCUGAUGGACAGAAAGGCCUACCUGGAAUGCCUGGACCCCCAGGGGCUCCUGGGCCUAGAGGACAAAGUGGAUUACCAGGUGAAAUAGGACCUCAAGGCCCCAAUGGAAUCCCUGGGCUGGAUGGCACAGCUGGAUCUAUUGGACCUCCUGGUCCUUCUGGGCCUAAAGGGGAAAGGGGUCUUCCUGGUCCACCAGGAAUUGCUGAGAAUGGGAGUCCAGGCCUACCUGGUCCUGUUGGACCCCCAGGAAGAGAAGGCCCAUCAGGACCUCCUGGACAGCCUGGACAGCCAGGGCUUCCUGGUCCACCAGGGCCACCGGGGGGUUCUGGUUAUUCUCCAGAAAUGGCUGGAGUGCUUUCUCAGAUGGGUCCAGGACUAGAUGGUGUUAAGGCUGGAGGCUACAGUAAGAAAAGCAAGUAUGGUGAAAAUGGUGCAGAAGUGAUGGGUUCAAGUGGGCUGGAAAUGCCAGCCUUCACAGCCUUAGCAACAACCCCCUUUCCACCUGUGGGAACUCCAAUUGUGUUUGACAAGCUUUUAUACAAUGGUCGGCAAAACUACAAUCCAGACACUGGAAUUUUCACCUGCGACUUGCCUGGCAUUUAUUACUUUGCAUACCACAUUCAGUGCAAAGGAGCUAAUGUGUGGGUGGCAUUAAUGAGAAACAAUGAACCAGUGAUGUACACAUAUGAUGAAUACAAAAAGGGUUACUUAGAUCAAGCAUCAGGAAGUGCAGUCUUACCUCUACAACCUGGGGACACAGUUUAUAUUCAAAUGCCAUCAGACCAGGCCUCUGGACUUUAUGCCGGGCAAUAUGUACACUCAUCCUUCUCAGGUUAUAUUUUAUAUCCAAUGUAAAACAACACAUUUAAUUUGUAGAAAAUCUUCAGUGAGAAGAAUGAGAUUGAGCUUGUUUUUGAAUGAGUAGUGAUUACACAUGAUUUCAGACUGAGCGUUAUUCAGUUUAUAAAUGAGUUUAUCGUCACAGAUGAAUGGACAUGAUUUAUAUGCCAUGUAGUCAUUUCAAAAUGGGAGAAUAGAGUUAUGUUUUACACCAAGAAAAAUGUCAAACCCAUCCACAUCCAUCAACUGAAUUAAACCCAAAUAUUAAGUGAAAUGGUUUCAGAUGUAUUGUUGUACUCAAAGGUGCCAGGGAAAUCUUUGGGAAGCCAUUUUAUUUGUUUAUAUAAAAACACGAGGGGAGUUUCUAAAAUUUUUCAUUUGUAAAAAGAAAUAUGGAAUGAAAACCCUGAGGAUGCUUGUUACGUUGUUGAAAUAUUGUCAAUUUUAGUUCCUGUAAUUCUUUAAAAAAUGGCAACUAAGCAAUGCAUGCUAGCAAUUGUUUAUUUUUGAAGGAAAUUAUCAAGGAUGUUUGCAUGCACCUCCAAAAUUAACAGUGCAGAUCCUUUUGAGGUUUGGAUCACAGCAGUUUGUACAUAGCUUAUUUUACUUUGAAAAGGUAAAGACAAUUAAAGUUUUGUAUCAUGCAAAUGGCUGAGGUUUUAGAAAUUUAUAUUCUAUUUUUACUUUUCAGUGGAUUUAAGGAAAGAAAAUGCAAUGAUUUUGAUGUACAUAAGCAAAAGUGUAUAAAUUCGGGGGGGGGGGGUGACAGUACGGUUGUUUUGCAUUCUUUUUAUAUUUAGAAGCAUAUAAACAAUAUAACUUGUGCAAGCAUGUUGCCAACUGACUGUUUCUUAGGAUUAAUUUUAAACAAAUUUGUAAUGUUAUUUUCGUGGUUUAAUGUAUGCUGAUGAUUUUAUACUGUUGUUAAGAAAAAAAUGUGCAAAUAAUCAAAAGGGUUUUCGAACUAGACUCAGUAUUGCUCUAAUAACAAACACGCAGUGGAGUGAAUUAAACAGUAAUGAAAAUCUAUACAAUCAGAAGAAUGCUUCCGACAUGGACACUGUUACACAAAAACGACUUACAUUUCAGAAUUUUCAACACAAACAAACAGUAGUGUUUAUGUCGAUAAUACUGCUAGAUUCCUUCCUUUCUAAGUUAAUGUUAUUUCAGUUGUUUCAUUUGUUUCAUUUAAUUUUAAAGUCAAUUGAUAAUAAAAAUAAUCACUUUUCA